AUGAAUUCAAACUUGGUCCACCAGAUGAUCUCAACGUAUCAGUAACAACUGCGCGGAUCCAAGAGUGUAAAAUGUUGUAAAAUGUUGCACGAGCUCUUACUGGCUCUCUUGGGUUACACCGGAGAUCUCAUAAUCGACGAGCGAGAGCAUCAAACCUCUAUUGGCAUUCGUUUAUCUCCCGAUGCUCCUAUCUCUGAGGAACCCACCUUUAAGCUCGCUCCUGAUAUCUCAUUCAUUGAACCCAGCGAACGAGACCUUAUUGAGAAAAUCAUCACCUUAGGAUUUUACUAUAGAGAGCUUGAUCGAUUUGCAACAAAUUCUAGGAAUUUAAGUUGGAUAAGGUCUGCCAAUGUAUCACCCUUGGAAAGGGCUGCUGAAUUGUCAAAAGGCAAAGCAGGAAAUCCUAGUGUGUACCGAAGGGCCAUCGCUAAUGGCAUUGUCGAGAUACUGUCGGUGUACAGGUCUGCUGUUCUUCACAUUGAGCAAAGACUGUUGUCCGACACUAUGCCCAUUUUGGCAACUGUAACUCAAGGCCUCAACAAGUUUUUUGUCCUUCUGCCGCCUCUAUAUGAGCUUGUUCUAGAGAUUGAGCGUGAUGAUAUCUGUGGAGGACAACUGCUUAACCUUUUACACAAGCGGUGUCACUGUGGGGUGCCUGAACUGCAGGCAUGCAUUCAGAGGCUUCUUUGGCAUGGCCAUCAAGUCAUGUAUAACCAACUAGCUUCAUGGAUGGUUUAUGGGAUUCUUCAGGACCAGCAUGGUGAAUUUUUCAUUAGAAGGCAGGAAGACAGAGAUGUAGAGCAUGGUGCAUCUCACUCAGAUAUUUCUGAAAAGUUGGUGCGCUUGUCUACUGAUGAUACAUCUUUAACAGAUUGGCACCUAGGAUUUCAUAUUUUUCUGGAUAUGCUGCCUGAACAUAUCCAUAUGCGUGUUGCAGAAUCAAUUCUUUUUGCUGGUAAAGCGGUCAGGGUUCUCCGGAAUCCAAGUGCUGCCUUUCGGUUUCAGGAUCAGCAGUUAACAAGAGGCUCUCAGAAAGUUCAGGGAUUUACAGGACGCUUUCUUUUUCAGAAGGAGCCUUUCCAAGAUAUGAAACUCAUUGGAGAAGAAUUGCUUCCACAGUCCGAGGCUGAUAAGAUUGAAGCUAUGCUUCAAGACCUUAAGGAAUCAUCAGAGUUUCACAAAAGAUCAUUUGAAUGUGCUGUCGACUCUAUACGGGCUAUUGCAGCCAGUCAUCUUUGGCAGCUUGUGGUUGUGCGUGCUGACUUGAAUGGCCACCUGAAGGCCUUAAAAGACUAUUUUCUUUUAGCAAAAGGAGAUUUCUUCCAGUGUUUCCUUGAGGAGAGUCGACAGUUGAUGCGUUUACCACCUCGUCAGUCAACUGCUGAAGCUGAUCUUAUGGUCCCAUUUCAGCUUGCAGCAAUAAAGACUAUUGGUGAAGAAGACAAAUACUUUUCUAGAGUAUCCUUGCGUAUGCCAUCAUUUGGAAUCACAGUUAAAUCCUCUCAAGUAGAUAUACCAAAGGCAAAAGCUUAUAUGGACGGAAAGUCUGGCACUGCACUAUCAAAUGCUGCUUCAGAGAUUUCUCUUGAUGGCUGGGAUGGAAUUGCUCUUGAAUAUUCCGUGGAUUGGCCCUUACAUUUGUUCUUUACCCAAGAAGUGCUCUCUAAGUACUGUAGGGUCUUCCAAUAUUUGCUGCGGCUCAAGCGAACCCAAAUGGAAUUGGAAAAAUCCUGGGCCUCUGUAAUGCAUCAAGAUCACACAGAUUUUGCCCAACAUCGCAAUGACCGUUUAAACUAUUCAAUAACUCAACAGCGACGGCAGCGCUUUAGACCAAUGUGGCGUGUUAGAGAGCAUAUGGCAUUUUUGAUAAGAAAUCUGCAAUUUUACAUCCAGGUUGAUGUGAUAGAAUCUCAAUGGAAUGUUCUGCAAGCUCAUAUUCAAGAUUCUCGUGACUUUACUGAACUUGUAGGCUUUCAUCAAGAGUAUUUAUCAGCAUUAAUUUCUCAGUCUUUCCUGGACAUUGGCUCAGUGUCAAGGAUACUGGAUAGCAUAAUGAAACUUUGCCUCCAAUUCUGCUGGAACCUUGAGAAUCAAGAAAGCAGUGCUAAUACAUCUGAACUAGAACAUAUUACUGAGGAAUUUAACAAGAAAUCAAACUCUUUGUAUACUAUAUUACGGAGUAGCAGGCUUGCUGGGAGUCAAAGAGCCCCAUUCUUGAGGCGAUUUCUUUUACGCCUAAACUUCAAUUCCUUCUUUGAGGCAACUGCAAGAGGAGUGCUGAAUGUUGUUAGACCACGUCCAGCAGUUACUGUUUUAAAUCAACAAUAGCGUUAAAUUGUUUUACCAUGUGAAUGUGAGGGCUGUUGUAUGAUUAAUGUUUGUUUGUUGGAGGAAGAGGGAAAUAUGUAUGUUAAUGGUAGUUUGAGACAUAUUCCAGGCAGCCAUCCGUUCUGGAUAGUUAGGUGGUGAUCACCGCUUGAACAAAAUGUCUAUUUGCAGCUUGAGAAUUAUAAGUAGGCAUUCUGGUUAGGUGAUUGUUUGGUUAGAUGGCUUGAAGUUGUGGGUCCCUUGAAAGUUAGAUGGUAAUUUGGGUAGAUAGGUUUGACGGUGCAGUUUGGUUUCAGACUGUUGACUCAACGGUGAAUCAUCCCAUGUGGUUAGCUAGCGCUUGCUCUUCGUCUGUAGCUUAAGCUUGUGGUUGUGGGUCUGCUUUGAAGCUUUGGCCUAUUAAUUAAGAAGGGGCUUUGGUUGCUGCCCCAUUCUCAAUUUAUCUUGGGAUGAAUAAUUUUCUUUAUAAAAAUGUGAUUUUUAUGUGUUUAAAAUGAGUUUUGGUGAUUAGCAU